GAUAUAAAUAAAUAAAAUAGUAGAGUCAAUCGCGUAACAAAAUGGUGCAGAAGUGAGGAUACUUGAAAUAAAUCAAUUCAACGUAAAUUUUCGGUUUAAAUAGAGUGUGGAACCUUUAAAAAUAAAUAAAAUAUAAAUCGUAAUAAAUAAAGUGUGUGAUCAUGCCUUCCUUGUGUAAGCUAACAAUUGCAGACCUGAGACUUGAAUUGGAAGAAAGGGACCUGAGUUCUACUGGCAAAAAGGCUGAUCUAGUUGAACGUCUGAAGAACGCACUAAAAGAAGAGGGUCAUGAUCCAGAAACUUACGUGUUUGAAGACAAGCAUGCUGCUUUAAUUUCGUCAAUAACAUCGUUAGAGAGCAAAGUUUCUAGUGAAAUCUCCCAAGUUUCGACAGACAUUACAUCGUUAGAGAGCAAAGUUUCUAGUGAAAUCUCCCAAGUUUCGACAGACAUUACAUCGCUGGAGAACAAAGUUUCAACAGAGAUCACAUCGUUAGAGAAAAAGGUUUCUAGUGAAAUUUCCCAAGUUUCCUCGGAUGUUUUGAAAGUUUCGACAGACAUCGCAUCAUUAGAGAAGAAAGUUUCGGAUUUUGUUAACUCGUCUAGAAAAACGCUAUGGAGAUACCCAUCUACAACAAAAGUACAACUACGAAGUAGAAGUCAACAAGCAAAUGAGAAUCUGCAAGAAUUUGAAGCAGAUGUUGCUCGUGUGGUGAGGUUGGCUUAUCCGGAAGUACUCGACAGCAUUUUAGAAGACAUUGCGGUAGACAACUUCGUCAAUGGGUUGAAAGAGAGUGAACAACAGAAAGCUUUACGACUAGCAAGACCGAAAGUUUUAUAUGAAGCACUUGCUACUGCAUUGGAACACGAGACGGCCAGUCAAACUUCAUGA